AGACUAUAUUUAAAUGAGUAUAUCCUAGAAUUUUGGAGUUUUAUAGGGAACCAUUGUCAUUUUAGGGAAAUUUUGCUUCUCCACAUUACCUACAGCUCUCAAGCCAUCCUACUUCUCCAAUUUCUUUCUUGUCAUCUGUCUACUCUGUUCUUCCCUUUUCAAAAGAAGGGGAGAGGGAGAGGGGCAGGGAGGAAGGGGUGCAUAACAGAUAAGAAAAACUUCAUUUCAAGAACGUGGAGGGUUUGACUAUACUCGUUUCCCUUUGCUUUAUUACUUGGCAAACAGCUUGGAGUCUGUAAGUGACUAUUUCACAUCGCUUUCCAGGCCUCACCUUCAGAAGUCACAGAAUGAAUUCCACCACCACACAGCCUCCAGAGCAGUCCUGCCCCCGGAACACCCUCAUCACUCAGCAACUCGUUCCUGUGCUGUACUUCAUGGUCUUCAUCGCAGGGAUCCUGCUCAAUGGCGUGUCGGGAUGGGUAUUCUAUUAUGUGCCCAGCUCCAAGAGCUUCAUCGUCUAUCUCAAGAACAUCGUUGUUGCUGACUUUCUGAUGAGCCUGACUUUCCCUUUCAAGAUUCUCAGUGAUUCGGGCCUGGGGCCUUGGCAGCUGAACGUGUUUGUGUGCAGGGUCUCAGCCGUGCUCUUCUACAUCAACAUGUACGUCAGCAUCGUCUUCUUUGGGCUCAUCAGCUUUGACAGGUAUUACAAAAUUGUAAAGCCUUUUCUGACUUCUUGCAUCCAGUCAGUGAAUUACAGCAAACUCCUGUCAGUGAUGGUGUGGACGCUGAUGCUUGUUCUCGCCGUUCCCAAUAGCAUCCUGACCAACCGGAGCGUGAAGGAGGUCAUGCACAUAAAAUGUGUGGAGCUUAAAAAUGAACUAGGACUAAAGUGGCACAAAGCAUCAAACUACAUCUUUGUGAGCAUCUUCUGGAUUAUAUUUCUUUUGUUAAUCAUUUUCUAUACUGCUAUCACGAGGAAAAUCUUUAAGUCCCACCUUAAGUCCAGAAAGAAUUCCAUUUCGGUCAAGAGGAAAUCCAGCCGCAAUAUAUUCAGCAUCAUGCUCGUAUUUUUUGUCUGUUUUGUACCUUACCACAUUGCCAGAAUCCCCUACACACAGAGCCAAAUGGGAGGACAUUACAGCUGCCAGUCAAAAGAAGUCUUGCACUAUGUGAAAGAAUUCACUCUGCUGCUGUCAGCUGCAAACGUGUGCCUGGACCCCAUUAUUUAUUUCUUUCUAUGCCAGCCAUUUAGAGAAAUCUUAUGUAAGAAACUGCACAUCCCAUUAAAAGCUCAGCAUGACUCAGAAACUUCCAAAGCCAAGAGGGGAAAUACAAUGCAUGAAAGCACAGAUACUCUGUAAUUGCUCACCUUUCAAAUAAAGUCUGUGUAUGCAUAUUGUAAUCUUCAAUUACAUAAGAGGAAUGAAUGUGCAACAUAUCCAUAAUAAUAGGUGUCAUCCCUGAGCAUUACUAUCCAAUUUAGUACAACAGUAUAACUUUCCAUGUUUUCUUGUAAUAUCAAUGAAAAUAAUCAUACAUACAUUUUUUAAUCAUAUCAAAAUAGGUUUACAUUUAUAAUCAUUAACUCAGUGAAUCAAUGUAGAACGUUAAAUAGCAAAUAAGAAAAUAGGAAGCAAUCAAGACUAUUCACAUGGGUGCU